AUGGCGAUCAAAAAUUGUUUACUGAUUUUUGUAACUAUAUUAAUAGGCAUAAUUUGCUUAAGUGCUGAAGAGAGUAUAAGAACAACACUUAGUAAUGAAACAACAUUAAGAGAUUUAGAUAGUUUAAUUAAUACCAAAUACAUUUUAGAUAUAAGUAAAGAUGAAACUGUUAUAAAUCUAAACACAAAAAAUAAUAUAAGAUACACAAGAAAUAUAAAUGAAUCAUUACUUAACAAUGACAUGAAUAAUAUAACUAAUAAAGAAACUAAAACUGAUUUGAACGAUAAAGACAAGAUGGUAGCAAAUAGAUCUGAUUUUGACUCAACAGAAUAUUUCGAUGUAAAUUCAACUGAAGAGCCUUGUGUUGGUGAUCUUGAAUUUUGCAAUAUGACAGAAGAAGAAUAUAUGGAAAUGCUAAACGAAUAUAUAUACCCUCAGUCAUACGAAUGGGUGUUGAUUGCUACUCAUGCGAUAGUAUUCGUGAUAGGACUUAUUGGAAAUGCAUUAGUCUGCAUAGCUGUAUACAGAAACCACUCUAUGAGGACAGUGACGAAUUAUUUCAUAGUGAACCUGGCUGUGGCUGAUUUCAUGGUCAUUUUAAUAUGUCUACCGCCGACAGUUCUAUGGGAUGUUACAGCGACAUGGUUUUUCGGGACGGCAAUGUGCAGAAUCGUGCUAUAUUUUCAGUCUGUAUCGGUGACGGUGUCGGUGUUGACGCUUACCUUCAUCUCUGUGGACCGCUGGUAUGCCAUCUGCUUCCCUCUCAAGUUUAAAUCUACGACAAGUCGCGCGAAGACCGCGAUACUUAUCAUCUGGGUGCUGUCAUUACUAUUCAAUGUUCCGGAAUUCGUAGUUCUGCAGGUGCAAAAAAACAUGGAGUUGCGUUUCAACGUGCAGUACUUUAUGCAGUGCAAGCCCACGUGGUCUGAUGAGAGUGAUCUCAAGUGGCAUAUUAUAAAAGCUCUGUUUCUUUAUACGUUCCCUCUGCUAUUGAUGAUGAUAGCGUAUUGUCAGAUCGUGAGAGUACUUUGGAGAUCUGACAACAUCCCGGGACACACUGAAUCGCACAAAUUGUGCCCGCCCAGUGGCCAGAACAAUUGGUUAGCAGCAAGUAGAAGAACGACGCCGUCAAUCCACGCUAAUGCAUCUACUGAAGGUCAGCUUAGGUCUCGUCGUAAAGCUGCGAAGAUGUUGGUGGCUGUAGUCAUCAUGUUUGCCGUGUGCUACUUUCCAGUGCACUUACUAUCAGUUCUAAGGGUCGCCUACGAAGUCCAGCAAAGUGAGGUGAUGACUUGUAUAGCUUUGAUCUCCCACGUGAUGUGUUACGCGAAUUCUGCUGUCAACCCCUUAAUCUACAACUUUAUGAGUGGGAAGUUCCGACGAGAAUUUCACAGAUCGUACUUCAAAUGCCUUUGCUGCUGUCAUCCACCGGCUCCGGAACAGAACGGUACAUCCUUCGCACCAAUCGGGAGUUCCCGAGCUGGCACCACUCGCACUGUUGUAAGGCGGAACGACUCUUGCGUUAGCUACAGACUAACCCAUCUCUCCCCUUCAAAUCAUAACAGCAUAAAUCGAGAAGCCAGAAAUACCAAUACUUCUUUCAUAGAACAUAUGAAUGGCAAUAGACGACUUAAGGUCCGAGAUGAUUCUAUCAGUGAAUCUGCCCGGUUCACUCUUACCACCGACAUCCGAGAU